AUGGCCACAAACGAAAUCGCACAACACAUUCUACGCAUCUCAGACAUUGAUAAAGAACCUCAAGAGAUGCUCACGCCUAUUCAUGGCUAUGAUCAAAUGCCAUUGAUGUCACUCGAAGAAGCCGUACAGCCACUUGUUCCUAUUCUACCUACAAUACAAGAUUAUGCCUAUGUGGCUAAAGAAAAAUGUAAGAAACCCGUAGAUGGUUUGACACAAGACGAGUCAGCCUCAAUUAUGCUCUACUCUAUGGGAUGGGGACCACUCGAACAAUAUCUAUAUGCUGCUUUGAAUGCUGCACUUCGAUCAGCAGACAGACAAAACCUUAGUUCAUGGUAUCUCUAUCUCAAAUUGAUUUUCACUGCACUCUCACGUUUACCAUCUCAACAUCGAUUUGUCUAUCGAGGCAUCAAAAUAGAUUUGAGUGACCACUAUCGAAAAGGUGAGACGAUUGUCUGGUGGGGCUUUUCAUCGUGUACUAUCUCGAUUGACGUUCUACAAUCUGAAUUAUUUUUGGGUAAGACAGAAGCAAGAACAAUGUUUACUAUUAAAUGCAAUUCAGGCAAAGAUAUUCAUGAUCAUUCUUUUUUUCCAAAUGAAGAUGAAAUACUUCUUCUUGCUGCUUCUCAAUUCAAAGUCGUCGGUUGUCUUGAUCAAGGCCAUGGUCUUCAUGUGAUUCAACUAAAAGAAAUCGAAUCAUCCGUACCACUAAUACAACCAGUGACACUUGCUGCUCAUUCGAAUAAAGCAUCAUCUGGUAAGUUAAAUAACACUUCUUCAAUUAUUACACAUUUGGUUAGGUCGGUAUUCAUUGGAAAAGUUCCUCAAGCUCAUCAAACUCUUUCUCGAAUUGAGAUUCUUCUCUAUGACGAAAAUUUGCUUUCGAAAUCAAUAACAAUUAAUUCGAUCAGAUCAAAUCUCAUGUAG